UUCAUCACUUCAUGGUUGAAAGAUGCAUCCACACAUACUGCAAAAGUACUCACUAUUUUGGGUAUGGGUGGGAUCGGCAAGACGUCUUUAGCGAAAACUGCCUAUGUGUUACAUUCUCAUGAAUUUGACACAAGUAGCUUCAUUGAAGAUAUUAGUAGGAGAUGUGACGAAAGAUAUAAUGGGAUUAUUGAUGUACAAAAACAACUCUACGAUGUCAAAACCAAAUUCAAUUCAAGUUCAUGACGUUUCAAUAUACACCUCAAUGAUUGAGAAUGCAGCAGCCCGUAAAAAAAUAUUUAUGGUUCUUGAUGAUAUUGGUAGUCUCGACCAAUUAGAUGCGUUACUUGGAAGAAAAGGUUUUCAUCCGGGAAGCAAAAUAAUAAUAACAACAAAGGACACAUGGUUGACACAAAAUUGUUCACUAUUCAAAACGAACAUUAAACCUAAGUUUACAAUGCACAAGCUUGAAGGCUUAUCUACUACUGAAUCACAAAAAAUUCUGUGUUUUCAUGCAUUCAUGAGCAACAAUCCUAAGGAACGUUAUGAAGAAGUGUCUGAAAAGCUUGUGAGUUAUUGUGAAGAGCAUCCAAUGGCUCUUAAGGUGUUGGGCAGGUCUCUAUAUAAUCGAGAUGUAAAUUAUUGGGUGGGGUACAUAGACAGGUUGAAGAAAGAAAAUGAUUCCCCUAUAAAUAAUGUGUUGAAAAUGAGCUUUGACUCUUUGCCAUCAGAAAAUGAUAACGAGUUGUUUAAACAUAUUGCUUGUAUUUUUGUUAGAAUGGAUAGAAAUGUUUCUAUAACAAUAUUAGAGGCAUGCAAUAUUGAAACAAAAACCAGGAUCACGAAUCUCAUUGACAGAUGCCUUCUUAGGAUUGGACAAAAUAACGAGUUGAUGAUGCAUCAGCUUGUUCAAGAGAUGGGAAGAUUUGUAGUACGUAAAGAAUCACUUUACAAACCAUGGCAACGAAGUCGAUUAUGGGGUCAUGAGUCAUUUAGAGUGUUGAAACAAAAAAAUGGUACGGAAAAUGUUCUUGGUCUCACUAUUGACAUGAGAAUGCUUAAGAAAGAGAAGUUGCAUGGAUCAGUCGAGUUGAAAACAAAUGUAUUUGGUAACAUGUAUAGGCUAAUGCUGCUACAACUCAACUAUGUACAAAUGACCGGCUCUUACAAGAAUUUUCCUGAGGAAUUAAGAUGGUUGUGUAUGCAUGGGUUCCCUUUGAAAUCUAUACCUUCAGAAUUACCGAUGGAGAAUUUGGUUUCUCUUGACAUGCCGUAUAGCAAGAUUGAAUCAUUUGGGAUUCAUUAUAGCUAUCCACAACGACUUCAUAAGAGGCUAAAGCAAUUGAUUGGAUCAUGCUCAGAAGACAAAAGGUUGCUUGGAUCGUUGAAAAUUCUUAAUUUGAGUUUCUGUGAACAGCUUCAUAGUCUUAGUGGCUUUGACCACCUCCCUUCACUUGAGAGGUUAAUACUUAAAGGUUGCAUUGGUUUGCUUGAGAUUUGUGUAUCAGAUGAGCAAUGUCUUGAACUUAUCCUUGUUGAUCUGAGCUAUUGCAACAAGCUUGAAAAACUUCCAAGAAUCAUAGGCAUGUUAAAGAGAGUUAAAAGACUAUUUCUAAAUGGUUGUUAUCUCAGUGAAUCAUAA